AUGGAGCACCACACGUCGCGUGAAAUUGCCAGCGGCGCGAGGCUCCCUGCAGCGGCCGGUGAGCGCGAGGAGACCCCGGGGGAAGAGGCGACGGGAGCAGAGGGCAGCACCGGGAUGCUGAGGCGGAGAGGAGAGGACGGAGGCACCGCGGAGGAGGAGGAGGAGGAGGAGGCGCAGUGUGGAGAUGAACCGGAGGACCAGAUCACCAUCCGAGGGGAAGGAGACGCCGGCAAGCACGAGGAGGAAUUGGACCCACGAAUUCAGGAAUGUUACAAAUAUAUUAUUAUUAUUGAGCUGGAGCAGCUCAACCAGGCCAGCGAUGAGAUCAACAAGCUGGAGCUGCAGCUGGAUGACGCCAGGUCCAGCUACAGGAGGAUCCUUACGGAUUCUGCCAGGAAGCUGAACGCUCAGGGCUCCCAGCUCGGUGCCUGCAUUGAGAAAGCAAGGCCCUACUAUGAAGCGCGCAGACUCGCCAAAGAGGCACAGCAGGAGACCCAGAAGGCAGCUCUGAGAUAUGAGAGGGCCGUGUCCAUGCACACUGCUGCCAGAGAGAUGGUUUAUGUGGCAGAACAGGGUCUUCUGGCUGACAGGAACACCAUGGACCCAACCUGGCAGGAGAUGCUGAACCAUGCCACUGCUAAGGUGAACGAGGCAGAGGAGGAGCGCCUCCGCAGUGAGCGGGAGCACCAGCACGUCACACAGCUCUGCCAGGAAGCCGAGGCUCGAGUCCAGACCCUCCAGAAAGCCCUAAAGAAGGUCAUCCUCAAAUCCAAACCUUACUUUGAACUCAAGGCUCAAUUCAAUCACAUUCUGGAGGAACAUAAGUCUAGAGUAGUACAGCUGGAGGAGCGGGUGGCCAAAGUAAAAACCCGUUACUCCGUGGCCCUGCGGAACCUGGAGCAGAUCAGCGAGCAGAUCCACGCACAGAGGGGACGAAUCAGGGCCAGUAGGGGGUGUCCUGCAGUCUGCGGGGGGCGGAGCUCCCCAGUAGGGGCCGAGGCUGAGGUCAGGGCCACCGUUGGGAUUAAUAUCGGGAGUAGCCUCAGGAGCAGCUGUGCGGGAGUCGGUGGAAUAGAGAGCAACUGGGUGGACAGUGAGAAAACACGGCUGUGGGUGGAGAGGCACAGAGAGAGCGGCUGGGGCCAGAGGGACCAGCUGGAGGUGGAGCAGGCCGGCUCAGACUGCAUGUCAGUCAUCAGCCUGCAGACCAUCGCCUCCGACCUGGAAAAGUGUGACUCGGUGGAGCACCUGGGGGACCUGAGCGACACUGGGAGCGUGCUGGGUCAGGAGUGGGAACGUGGCAGGAAAGCUAACGAGAGGCCAGUCAGCAAGGAGGUGGUGACCGAGGGCCCCCAGCAGAAGAGGGCCCACCAGGAGAAGGCAGCAGUUACUAAAGAGAAGCAGGAGAGCUUCAUCAAGCAGCACCACAGAAGUGUUAGUCUAUGA